ACCAGAUCUCGUUAUUUUAAGAAGAGAAAGAUGGGCAUUUGCAGCUCUUGUGAAGCCACAUCAGUGGCGACUGUAAAAUUGAUUCUUCAAGACGGAAAACUACAGGAGUUCCCUUACCCAGUUAAAGUAUCGCAAGUGUUACAGAAGAAUCCCAUGUGUUUUAUAUGCAACUCCGACGAGAUGGAUUUCGACGAUUUCGUAUCGGCAAUCAGUGAAGAAGAGGACCUGCAACCAGGGCAACUCUAUUUCGCGUUGCCGUUAAGUAGAUUGAAUCAUCCUCUCCAGGCUCAGGAUAUGGCGGCAUUGGCUGUUAAGGCCAGUUUGGCUCUUGCGAAGAGCAGCGAUGGAGACAAAUGUGGAUGUAGUCGGAAUGGGGUUGUGUCGGUGCCUUUUUCCGGCAAUAAGGCGGCGAAGCCACUGCAGGGUUUAGGUCCGGGCACGAGUUUGGAAGGUGAUAAUCAUUUGUUGGUAGAGAGAAGGAGAAGACCGAGGGCAGGUAUCCAUGGUGGUGGUGGCAGAGGACGUAAUUUUACGGCCAAGUUGGGUGCCAUUCCUGAGUAGCGAGUAGAAGAAGUCAUAAACUGCUGUAAAUAAUGGAAGUUUUUGGAUAUAGUAUUCCCUUGCCUGUGAUUGGAAGGCAUUUCAGCCAUAUUUGCUUCAUCUUUCUUCUU